AUGGCGCAAGUACCUGGACAGCAAUUGUCCAACAAGGACCUGGCCAAUUUUCGACAGGUCGUACGGCAUUUUGAGGGCAAACAGUACAAGAAAGGCCUCAAAGUCGCAGAGCAGGUGCUCAAAAAGAAUCCAAACCAUGCCGAUACACAAGCCAUGAAGGCUCUGAUAUUGCAUAGUCAAGGCCACAGUCAGGAUGCCUUCGACCUCGCCAAAAUCGCACUCAAGAACAACAUGAAAUCGCAUGUCUGCUGGCACGUCUAUGGGCUGUUGUGGAGGGGAGAGAAGAACUUCGAGGAAGCAAUAAAAGCAUACAAAUUUGCCCUGAGGUUAGAGCCAGAGUCACAGCCGAUACAGAGGGACCUUGCGCAUCUACAAGUACAAAUGCGAGACUAUGAGGGUUACAUUGAGAGCAGGCGUAAUAUGCUGCAACAGAAACCUGGUAUUAGGCAGAAUUGGACCGCUUUGGCGAUUGCACAUCAUCUAUCUGGAGGUUAUGAGGAUGCUGAGAACGUGUUGACAACUUUCGAGGAUACGGUAAAAAACAACAAGCCUGCAAGAACAGACAUCGAGCACUGGGAGGCUGUGCUUUACAAGAAUUACAUAAUAGCCGAAUCUGGUAAUCUCGAAAAAGCUCUGGAUCACUUAGAUGCGAUUGGGAAGAGAAGCCCAGAUGUAACUGGUGUUAUGGAAAUGAGGGCUGACUAUUUACUGCGUCUUGACAGAAAGAAGGACGCGGAAGCUGCAUAUUCAGCUCUACUGGAUCGGAAUCCCGAGAACUCGACCUAUUUCGAUGGCUGGAUCAAAGCAAAGGAUUUACAGGAUGCCGAACCAACGGAAGCCAAGAAGGCAUACGAUGGAGUCGCAGCCAAGUAUCCAAGAUCAGAUCUUCCGCGAAGACGUCCUCUCGAUUUUCUUUCUGGAGACGCAUUUCGUCAAGCUGUAAAUGCUUACCUGAUUCGUAUGCUGAGAAGAGGUGUGCCUUCAACUUUUGCCAACAUUAAGCAAUUAUACGGCGACAAAUCCAAGUUGAGUACAGUCGAGGAGCUUGUAGAGGGCUACCACUCAAGCACGAUGCCUAAUACAACGGAUGAUUCGAAACCAGCAACAGAAAAAGAGCAGGAAAACUUCAAAUGGUCCGUUCCAUACUUUCUGGCUCAGCACUACAACUUCAUCACAUCUCGCAAUCUCCCGAAAGCCCUAGAGUAUGCCGACAGAUGUAUAGCGAUCGAUUCGAAAUCUGUCGACUUUCAUGCCGUCAAAGCCCGAACUUACAAAUACAUGGGCAAUACCUCCAAAGCUAGCGAACUCAUGACUCAAGCCCAAUCCCUUGACCUGAAAGAUCGCGCAAUCAACACAAAGGCCGCCAAAUAUCUGCUCCGAAAUAACCAGAAUGAGGAUGCGCUCGCAAUGGCUGGCAAAUUCACACAAAACAAGACGUCGGGUGGACCACUGGCGGAUUUACUAGACAUGCAAUGUAUCUGGUAUCUCACCGAGGAUGGUCAGGCAUAUAUAAGACAACGAAAACUUGGACUGGCGUUGAAACGAUUCCAUCAGAUCUUCAACAUUUUCGAGGUAUGGCAGGACGAUCAAUUUGAUUUCCACAAUUUCUCUCUACGCAAAGGCAUGAUUCGAGCCUACGUAGAUAUGCUCAGAUGGGAAGACCAUCUUCGAGAUCAUCCCUUCUACUCACGCAUGGCGAUCUCAGCCAUAAAAGCAUACCUCCUUCUCGCAGACAACCCAGACCUCGCACACGGCCCAAUACUGAACGGUGUCAAUGGUUCUACCUCGAACGGAAAACUGUCGGAAGUCGAGCGAAAGAAGGCUCUAAAGAAAGCAAGGAAAGAGCAAGAUAAACUCGAGAAAGCAGAAGCAGACAAAAAGGCUCUUGCCAAGUCAUCGAAACCCGUUCCGAAAGCUGAGCAGGAAGACGUGAAGAAAGAGGAUGCAGAUCCCCUCGGCAAGACACUUGUUGAAACAAAAACUCCCCUCGACGAUGCCAUGAAGUUCUUGGGACCACUACUCGAAUUUUGCGGAGACCUACUGGAUGCACAGAAAGUCGGCUUCGAAGUCUAUAUACGGCGGCGCAAAUAUCUGCUUGCCGCCAAAUGCUUGCUGAAAGUACGUGAGCUUGCGUCAGUGGACGCUGAUGCAUUCGUUUUCGCGUAUCAGCUGCGACAUGCACUCGAAUCGAAUGCUGAAGGUAUUGAUGGAAAAGCUACAAGUUUGGUGAAGGAGCUAGCCAAGGACGCCCUUCAGCUCAACGUACCUGCAAAAGAGUUCAUCGAAAAGUCUCGCAAAGAAAACGAGAGCAAGAGCAUACGGCAUGUACAAGCCUGUGCCAAAGUGAAGCAAUUCGGGGAUACAUCUGCCCAAGCCGAUAACGAAAAGCUACUUCUGGAAUCAGUGUCAAAGUUCGAAGAUGCGAGGCUGGAAGACCUAACGGCAGGUCUUGAGAUCUUACAAGACUGGGGAAGCAGCAGCGACGUGCUUGAAAAGUACAAGACCGAAGCAAGAAAAAGCUGGCCAGAAGCCGCCGUCUUCCAGGAUGGUAAAAAUAGCUGA